GACCUGGGGUCAGGGCAUCAGCUGCAUCUUCUCCUGCACUUUCCCAGGGGCUGCCUUUUCUUUUGUUAACGUUUGAUUAUUUUUAAUGAUUUUAGAUUAAAAUGUAAUUAUUUCCAAUUGGUAGUUGUACUUCUUAAUUACAGAGAUUAAUUAGAUUACUGUUCAUUAUUAAUUAGAUUGUAACUUUGCACUAAUUACGCCUUUUAUCAGCCAGUUCCCACACUCCUGCCCUCCCUGUCCAAUCUGCCUCUCCCCAGAUGCUGCCCCAAACCCCACUGCUUCCCGCUGCCCUGCAGCAUCCCAGGGGUCUCAAAACCUGUCUAGAAAAUACUAAUCAAUGUUAUCAGCUCAGAGGCUGCGACUGACUCUUUUUAAAAGCCCAAAUACCAACCAGAUGAUGUCAUUUUAUGGCUAAAAAAAAAAAAAACUUUAAAAGAAAGCAUUAAUAUUCUGCCUGCCUCCAUCAGUGACUGGAAGAGAAACUGUUUCCUAAUUACCUGCUGCGGCAAGGGAACAACUCUGCUCUUCCCUGGGAGCAGAAGGGACCCGAUCCCUCGCCCCUGCUGCCCUUCCCUUUGCCCUGUUUUGCCAUUUGUGUAUGAGAGGGAGGGUUUGACCUGCCUGGACUAUUUCAUGGACUUUGUUUGGUCCUGCUAUUUUUAAAGCAAGCUGUCUUUCUUUUCUUUUCGUGUCACCUUUCAGGCACCUAAUCAAUGCUUGGAGUUUUCUUGCUGUUGCUCUCUGCUUCUCUUCUGCUCACUGCUGUCUCAUCUCUCUCCCUGCCAUCGCCCUGUCCCCGAAGGAGGUCUUCUUUCUGCCGAGGCUUCUCGGGAGCCCCAACGCCUGCUCUCUAUUGAUUCAUCCUUAUUUAAUUUGAAAUACUUCUGUAAUUUGCACCUGCUCAUGGCAGGUUUAAGGCAUCUCCCUGCACGUUUGCCCUGAGAUUUCUCUGUCUGCCUCCAUCACUCUCCCCUUGCUGCUUCCCUGGGUGCAGCGCAGUGGGUGCUGCCUGGUUGUUUCUUCAGGCUCUCUCUGUGCCAUAGGUGUGACGGUCUCGUGCCCCAGAGCAAUUUGGCGUCGGUGAAAUGUCGACAAUCCUGAAAUGGUUUGGACGGGAAGAUAAGGAGAGAGAGGAGAAGGAAAAGGACAAGGAAGAAGAGAAGGAAGAAGAGGAGAAGGAAAAGACUGACGUAGAAAAAGAGAAGGAGAAGAAGGAGGAGGAGGAAAAGGGAGACGGAGGAGAGGACGGGAGGAGCAGCAGCAGCUCUGACAGCGCCUUGCAGGAGGUAACCACACCACCAGCUCUGUGACAAGGAUGAUGAGAAGGAAGACAAAGAUUAGCCUUUCCGUGCUGGAGCAGCAGCGCGCACCCGGGACAUGCUGAGGAGGUGGAGAUGCAAACGGCAGCAUGUGCUGGAGGGGGCCUGGGCCACUUUUAGCCAAAUAAAGGUGUUUGUGGGCUCCAAAGAGAAAUGCUAUUUAUUCAUCCAGUCACGCUGCCUACCCGGUGCUAUCUGUCCCUCCUGAGAAGGAAACAGCCAAGAAAAGGCAAUAGGUGGGGAGCUGGGGUCUGGGUGAGCGGAGGCAGGUUUUGUUCAAGACUGUGAAAGAGUCUGGAGAGUAAUCCGGGGGCUCUGGCUGCCUGGCUCUGCAAAGUCCCACAAAAUUAGGUAGUACCGGUAUCCUCCCUGUCCCCUCGACACCUCUUGCUGUGGGAUGGAGCAGCCUGAGCAGGGACAGACGGGCUGUGCCAAAGGCGGCUCCAGCCGCCUGGGGCUGUGCCGAGCUGUUACAACUGACUAUGAUUUCACAUUUAUCGGAAACAUACGAAAAGCUGUUAC